AAGCCGAGCAAACGUCGAACGGGGGACAGAGCGGAUGUGUAUUGAGACUGCGUGUGUUUGCAGUUCAUCUUCAUUCUUUCAUUUUCCUAACCCACUUGUUCUCUUCGGGAAGUUGUUCAGAGAAAAUAUUCGCCAAGAUGGCAUUCUGCGAAGAGCCGAAGCUAAGGGAAACGGUGACGGAGAAGAGUCCUGCGGUGGAAGAAAGCAAGAAGUUCGGUCUGUUCUGUGAUGAGCGCGGAUAUCUGAGCCUGGUGGAGCACAUCCUGCAGCACGGCAGCAGGGAAGGAGACCGAACCGGGACCGGAAUCAUCUCUGUGUUCGGAGCUCAGGCCAGAUACAGCCUCCGAGGUCAGUUUCCUUUACUGACGACCAAGCGAGUGUUCUGGAGAGGGAUCCUGGAGGAACUGCUGUGGUUCAUCAAGGGAUCUACGAACGCCAAGGACCUGUCAGAGAAAGGUGUCAAGAUAUGGGAGGGGCACGGAUCCCGCGCCUUCCUGGACAAGAUGGGCUUCACGGACAGAGAGGAGGGCGACCUGGGGCCGGUGUACGGCUUCCAGUGGAGGCACUGCGGCGCCGAGUACACCAACAUGCACGCAGAUUACUCAGGCCAAGGUGUUGACCAGCUGCAGAACAUCAUCGAAACCAUCAAGAAAAACCCGGAGGACCAGGGGAUCAUCAUGUGUGCCUGGAACCCCAAAGACGUGCCCCGCAUGGCCCUGCCCCCCUGCCACGCCCUCUGUCAGUUCUACGUGUGUGACGACGAGCUGUCCUGCCAGCUGUACCAGUGCUCCGGAGACAUGGGCCUGGACGUGCCCUUCAACAUCGCCAGCUACGCUCUCCUCACCUACAUGAUCGCACACAUCAUGGGCCUCAAGCCGGGAGACUUUGUUCACACCCUGGGAGACGCUCACAUCUACAUCAACCACAUUGAACCUCUGAAAGAGCAGCUUAAGAGAGAAGUUCGGCCGUUCCCCAAACUGAAGAUCCUGAGACAAGUUGAGAGCAUCGACGACUUCCGAGUGGAGGACUUUGAGAUCUGUGACUACAACCCACAUCCCACCAUCAAGAUGCAGAUGGCUGUCUGAAACCGUUUCACUGAUUUUUUUUUUUUUUUUUU